UCUUUGAGCCGAGGGCCAGCUAGGCCUCUGUUACUGCAUGGCCCGAGGGGCUUCAUCCAAGGGCCUCACCCCUUCGACCCCUCCUCGACUGGCUCCUGGGCCCUCUUACAGUUUAAAGGGCUCUGAGUGGGGGAAGAGGCCAGAAAAACCGAAGAGAAAAUACGCCGUCCGGCCAAGUGGUGUGCGGGGCCCUGUCCCCUCCUCCGAUUGGCUAGGGUUGUCCUGUUCCCUGUCUGUGAUUGGCUGCUCCCACAAAGAUGCCGCCGGCGAGCUCAUUGGCUCCGGCCUUGUGGGCGGGGCCUCGGAAUCCUGCAGGAGAAACCAAGGAGCUGGGUGCUGCUGAGGCCUUGGUCUCCGAGCCGGCGCCUUCAGUGGCUCCGCCUGGUUUUAUUCAUAUUCUGAGGAGGGUGUGACAGGAGCCAUGGAUCCCGCAGCAUUGGUGGAAGCCGUUGUAGAAGAAGUGGCCUGUCCCAUCUGCAUGACCUUCCUGAAAGAGCCCGUGAGCAUCGACUGUGGCCACAGCUUCUGCCACAACUGUCUCUCUGGACUCUGGGAAGUCCCAGGAGAAUCCCAGAACUGGGGUUACUCGUGUCCCCUCUGCCGGGCUCCCGUCCAGCCAAGGAACCUGCGGCCUAAUUGGCAGCUGGCCAACGUGGUAGAAAAAGUCCGACGGCUAGGGCUGCAUCCAGGAAUGGGGCUGAAGGGUGACGUGUGCGAGACCCACGAGGAGCAGCUAAAGAUGUUCUGCAAAGAGGAUGGCCUGAUCGUGUGCGAGGCCUGUGGCCGGUCCCCCGAGCACGAGGCCCACAGUGUCGUGCCCAUGGAGGAUGUCGCCUGGGAUUAUAAGUGGAAACUCCAUGAGGCUUUGGAACAUCUGAGGAAAGAGCAAGAAGAGGCCUGGAAGCUGGAAGUUGGUGAGAGGAAACGAACUGCAAACUGGAAGAUACAGGUGGAAACCCGCAAGCAGAGCAUCAUAUGGGAGUUUGAGAAGUACCGGCGAUUACUAAAGAAAAAACAGCCACCAGGUCGGCGGCUGGAAGUAGAGGCCGCCGCCGCUCUGGCCAGCCUGGAGCAGGAGGAAGGGGAGACCACGCAGAAACUGGGGGUGAGUCACAACGCACUCAUCCAGCAGAGCCGGGUCCUGUGGAGGAUGAUCGCAGAGCUGGAAGAAAGGUCUCAGAGGCCUGUCCGCUGGAUGCUGCAGGGUAUUCAGGAAGUCUUAAACAGGAGCAAGUCUUGGAGCCUGCAGAGACCAGAACCAGUCUCGCUGGAGCUGAAGACGGACUGCCGUGUGCUGGGGCUCAGAGAGAUCCUGAAGACGUAUGCAGCGGAUGUGCGGCUGGAUCCAGACACUGCUUAUUCUCGCCUCAUCGUGUCUGAGGACAGAAAAUGCGUGCGCUAUGGAGACACCAAGCAGAAGCUGCCCGACAAUCCUGAGAGAUUUUACCGCUACAAUAUCGUCCUGGGCAGUCAGUGCAUCUCCUCGGGUCGGCACUACUGGGAGGUGGAGGUGGGAGACAGGUCUGAAUGGGGCCUGGGAGUGUGUAAGGAAAAUGUAGACCGGAAGGAGGUGGUCUAUUUAUCCCCCCACUACGGAUUCUGGGUGAUCAGGCUGAGGAAGGGCGAUGAGUACCGGGCAGGCACCGACGAAUACCCACUCCUGUCCUUGCCCGUCCCUCCCCGCCGGGUGGGAGUCUUCCUGGAUUACGAGGCCCAUGAUAUCUCCUUCUACAACGUGACUGACAGCGGCUCCCACAUUUUCACUUUCCCCCACUAUCCCUUCCCUGGGCGCCUCCUGCCCUAUUUCAGUCCUUGCUACAGCAUCGGAGCCAACAACACCGCUCCCCUGGCCAUCUGCUCCCUGGACGGGGACGACUAAGAGAGCCACCAUUUUACCCAGAGGCCUUGGAAUGUCGCCUGGCCCGCAGGGGUCUUGGAGGACCCUGCCCCUGAUGAGUGUCCCCUGGAACUGAGCUGAGCCUGGAACCCAGGGAUCCCUCUGCCUGACCCAGUGGUGUGUCGCUACCGGGCCAGUCUCCCACUAAACCACUCAUGUUAAGAAGCUGAGGCUCGGCAAAAGGAGCAUCGCACCCCCGCGGGAGGUAUGACAAGGCUUUUGGUGAGGAUCACAGCGGCGCUAAGGACCAGGAUAGUGCUUUCUGCAGGUCACGCCCCUCUUCCCCAUCCCUGUCAGUGCCAUAAUUCAGUGAGGGUGAUGAAUUAGAUCCGAUCUUCAGGAAACCCAUUGGGUCAGGUUUACCGACAAGCCAGAAGAAUACUGUCCGUGUCCAGAGCUGGUUGCUGUGCUGAUAGCAGCAGGAGGAUGCUUCACCUGAGGUGUACUGAGGUGCCUCUGAGCACCCAUAUUUCACCCCAACUCUCUGACCUCCCAGCUAGAGAAAUGCAUCACCAAUUGCCCAGACCGCCCCAGUGGCCAUCUCCUCUCUGAGCACAAGCUGGGCAAGUCACUAAUCUCAGACUGUAAUGAGACCUGUGUCCUGGUCCUGCCCUUCUCUCUAAAUGUCAGAAUCGGAAAACCUGUGCGCCUUGUUUCUCUUUUCACUUCAUGGAUGAAGAGACUGAAAUGGCCUUAGUGCAGUCAGUUAUUUCUAACAAAGCUGAUGGAAAGAAGAGUGUAUAGAUUAUAAAGUAUUUCUCACAUUCAAAUGAAACCAGACUGGCAAACUCACUUCUCAGGUCACAUGUCUGCAUAUCAUUCAUUACAUUCAGGUCUGAAACACCCCAAUGUUUGAAAGAUUUUAAGUGUCCUCAAUGGGAAAAUGGGUAUAGUAACUGCAUACUCUCCUACCUCGCAGGAUUGUUGUGAAGAUCUCAGUUCCAUCCCGUACUUUUGUUCCUUUCUCAGGGACAGGGAAGGCAAGCCAUGGAUUUUGCCUGUGGUGGCAACCUUCCCAUCUCACCUUUUUACAACAUCUUUGCAGCACUGCCUUAGCUUCUUAGGGCCUCUCCUGACAGUCCUGUCCUUUUAGACCAAAAGAUACCCAUGCCCUGGCCAACUCCAGGCCACGGUAAUAUAUUGAGCCUCUAUUAUAUGUGUUUGUCUUUGGGUUAGAACAGGGACUGUGACAUUAGGGUAGAGAAUGGAAAUAAUACAAAGACAAAUGUAAAACAAAUGCACUGAAAGGAAGGCUCACCCACAAGCUCGUUGGGCUAAAGUUUGGAUCUUUGUCACCAAGGGAAUCUUCAUGGUUCUGGUAAAUAUUCUGCCUUUCUCUUCCCUAAAUCUGUGACAGAAGGAAUAAAGCAGGAGGGAGGUGUGGGGAGGAAGAAUAGGACUAGGCAGAAAAAGCCAUAUAUGAUAAUGAAAGGGAAUUAAGACCGUAUAUCUGGGCUAUUGGCCCUUCAGAGUGAUUGUUGUGUGUGACGAAAAUAAUUCAUUACCGGUCUUAAAAGUGUGAUGUGGGAAUGAUUGUGCUGGAAACAAACUGUAAAGCAAGCAUAUGAGAACUAUGGGUUUUGCCUGUUGUGAGGGGCUACAAUAUAUACAUUAUGUAUUGUCACUGUGAUGCUGUGUAACACAACCUCUGAUGUAGUCUAAGCUUGAAAGUAGUGACUGUUGAGUUAGGAUUGGGCAGCAAAGUAGAUACUAGGUUAGGUACAGGCAGAAGCAAAAUCAUUCCUGUAAUAAAGAAUAGCAAAAAUUGUCUUUCUACCUUAAUUGUGUUGGUUGUUCACAUAUGAAGGAGGUGAAACAGGCCAAAGUGGAGAAAUAAACUCAUUCCUCCCACCAUGCUUCCAAGUUGCUCCUUGAGCAUUAGCAGUAGAAGGGGAGAACUUGCUAUCAUCCGCCUGGAGGGAAAUGAACUGGUAAGUCACAGACCUGGUAUUGGCAAAGGGCUGAACAGACCUACAUUAGAGGGACCAUAUAUCUUUGUGUGUGUAGGGGAGCAGGGCAGGGCACGGGGACUCCCUGGGGAAGUGUGUAUAGACUUGAGAAAUAGAUCUUUAGGAAGUGCUUCCAGCUAUGUCCAUGGAAACUUAACAGAGAGUCUAGGAACUGCAUCAGUGUUCUUUUCUGUGGUUUUAUUAGGCCAAAUCUUGGAAGGUUCCUAAAAAAGAGAAUUAUUAGGUGAUAAAUUCAUUCAAACCUAGAAUGAAUUAAGGAGUGGAAUGACAUUAUUUGUAAUUUGUUCUUUGGGUUUUUUGUUUUUACAUUUAUAAGCUGAUUUGGGUGCUGUGAUUACUUGUUAAAAGAAUUACAAGGUUAAAUAUAUUAUGUGUUAUCAUAAUGUCUGAUUUUUAAGACCAGGCAAAAAGAUAAAAGGUCUUAAGUGUAUGAAAAUCCUUUUCUCUAGGGUAGUUGCUUACACUUCCUUUCUAAGAACAAGAACCUUAUUUGUCUGCUUCACCAUUGUAGCCCAAGUCUAGCAUUGUGUGUGUGUGUGUGUGUGUGUGUGUGUGUGUGUGUGUGUG